UAUAAUUUUUUCUUUUUCUUCCAGGACUUAUACUACAUUACCUUCGGUUACCCCGAGAAGGAAUUGAACACAGAUAUAGCUUUAAUAACUGGUGGAGGCAAUGGACUUGGCCGAUUGCUCGCUCAACGUUUGGGUAAAAUGGGCACCAAAGUUAUCGUUUGGGAUAUUAACAAAGAAGGCAUACAAGAAACCAUCGAAAUCGUCGAAACUGAUGGCGGCUACUGUAAAGGAUAUGUUGUCGAUAUUUCAAAGAAGGAGGAAGUUUACAAGGCAGCUGAAGUAUUGCGGAAUGAAGUUGGCGACGUAAGUAAUCAGAGUUUAAGUAACAAAGCUCUAAAAAGGUAUCUUAAAACUACUAAUACCUUUAUUCCUGACCCUAUGCCGGUCUAGCAUUCGAAUUUCUCUCAAUAUUGCCGGCAUAAAAAUAAUGAUUAAAUUAUAAUUCUUGGAGCACUUUGAUACUAAAAGUCAACUUAAAUAGUACACUCCCAUAGGACCUUUAAUCUUCAUUUUAACCCUUCAACUGCCAACUGGUUCAAAAAUUACGAUACGACGUGAAACUAAGAGUCUAGACAGUUUUACGUUAAAUAGUUCGUUAAAUUGUGUCAACAAGAAAUCCACUACAAUUAGUGUAAGAUAAACGAGCCUGAUCGAAGUUCUUGUUCAACUGAAAGGCAAAUUUUCAUCAGUUGAGCUAGAGGGCAGUCCAUUCUCUCGAAGCAUCAAAGCCAUCGAUUAAGCACACCGGUUCUAAUAACAAAGCCUGUUAACUCUGCACGGGACGCAGUGGACCCUUUCUUUCAUACCUUUGAAAAAAAGAGAAUCUGCACUCAAUAGGUUUUUAGUAACUGAUUAUGAAUUUUUUAAGCACCACAGGGUUAACGUUUUUUCUUAUGUUCAGAGAUUUUAUCUCAGACCUGCCUUUGUAGCAAAUACAGGGAGAACGAAAUUCUCAAUAAAUUUCUGGGACUGCAAGAUUUAGAAAAAUUCUCAUGAUGCCCUAAAAUAUGAUACAGUUUCCAAAGGGGGAAAAUCGUGGUACCAAAACGC